AUAUUUUAAAGAAUGAGCGCAAGAAUACAUUACUCGAAAACUAUUUUAGCGUAGUCAACCACGCCAUUCUAAGAAAUUUUCAACUGACGCCGGGUUGAAAUACUAAUUGCAAGUGUACAGGUAGACCACAAGAUCUACCCUAAGAGAGAUAAACCAUGCCUGAAAUAAAUCCUGCUGAAGAUAUGGAGGGGGAAAAGGAAACCUUCGCUUUUCAAGCUGAGAUUGCACAGCUGAUGAGUCUUAUCAUCAAUACGUUCUACAGCAACAAAGAAAUUUUUCUCAGAGAGCUGAUUUCAAAUGCUUCUGAUGCUUUAGAUAAAAUUCGAUAUGAAUCUUUAACUGACCCUAGCAAGCUUGAUUCAGGAAAAGAUCUUCACAUUAGAAUAAUACCUGACAAAGAGAACAAAACUCUAACUCUUGAGGACACUGGUAUUGGUAUGACAAAGGCAGACCUGGUGAACAACUUGGGAACAAUUGCAAAGUCUGGAACCAAGGCUUUUAUGGAGGCUCUGCAAGCUGGGGCAGACAUUUCUAUGAUUGGACAGUUUGGUGUGGGCUUUUACUCAGCCUAUCUUGUUGCUGAUCGAGUGGUUGUUGACUCAAAGCACAAUGAUGAUGAGCAAUAUACUUGGGAGUCAUCAGCUGGUGGGUCUUUCACUGUUGCUUCAUCACGAUCAGCACCAUUGUCAAGAGGCACAAGAAUUACCUUGCACAUGAAAGAAGAUCAGCUUGAAUACCUUGAGGAAAAGAAAAUAAAAGAUGUUAUUAAAAAGCACAGCCAGUUUAUUGGUUACCCAAUUAAACUAUUGGUAGAGAAAGAGCGUGACAAGGAGGUUUCUGAUGAUGAAGAGGAAGAGAAGAAAGAAGAUGAUGCAGAUGAGAAAAAAGAUGAAGAUAAACCAAAGGUUGAAGAUCUUGAUGAUAAUGAGGAAGAUGCAGAUGUAAAAGACAAGAAAAAGAAAAAGAAGAUUAAAGAAAAGUACAACGAAGAAGAAGAGUUGAACAAAACGAAGCCACUGUGGACCAGAAACUCUGAUGAUAUUACUCAAGAGGAAUAUGCAGAGUUCUACAAAUCUCUCACCAAUGACUGGGAAGACCAUCUGGCAGUGAAACACUUUUCAGUUGAAGGUCAAUUGGAAUUCAGGGCUCUUUUAUUCAUUCCAAAGCGGGCUCCAUUUGAUAUGUUUGAAAAUAAGAAGAAAAAGAACAAUAUUAAGUUGUAUGUGCGUAGAGUUUUUAUCAUGGACAAUUGUGAAGAUUUGAUUCCAGAAUACUUAAAUUUUGUCAAAGGUGUUGUAGAUUCAGAAGACUUGCCUCUUAACAUAUCAAGAGAAAUGCUACAACAAAGUAAAAUUCUGAAAGUGAUUAGGAAAAACCUAGUCAAAAAGUGCAUUGAACUUAUUGAGGACUUGACUGAGGAUAAAGAGAACUACAAAAAGUUCUUUGAGCAGUUUUCCAAGAAUCUAAAGUUGGGAAUCCAUGAAGACAGUACGAACAGGAAGAAAUUGGCAGAUUUCUUGAGGUACUACACAUCUCAGUCUGGUGAUGAGUUGACAUCAUUGAAAGAUUAUGUAUCAAGAAUGAAAGAGAACCAGAAAGAUAUCUAUUACAUUACAGGUGAAACAAAAGAGUCUGUUCAGAAUUCAGCUUUUGUUGAAAGAGUUAAGAAGAGAGGAUAUGAGGUGAUUUACAUGAUAGAUCCCAUUGAUGAGUACUCAGUUCAGCAGCUGAAAGAGUAUGAGGGCAAGAAUUUAGUUUGUGUCACUAAAGAAGGCCUUGAACUGCCAGAAGAUGAGGCUGAGAAGAAGCGCUUGGAGGAAGCUAAAGCUCAAUUUGAGGGACUCUGUAAAGUAAUGAAGGAAAUCUUGGACAAAAAAGUAGAAAAGGUGGUUGUAUCAAAUAGGCUAGUGACAUCUCCAUGCUGUAUUGUCACAUCUCAGUAUGGCUGGUCAGCAAACAUGGAGAGAAUAAUGAAAGCACAAGCUCUGAGAGACACAAGCACUAUGGGCUAUAUGGCAGCCAAAAAACACCUAGAGAUCAACCCAGACCAUCCUAUAGUCAAAACUCUAAAGGAGAAGGCUGAUGCUGAUAAAAAUGAUAAAGCAGUGAAAGACCUUUGUCUCCUCUUGUUUGAAACUUCUCUUUUAGCAUCUGGCUUUAGUCUUGAGGACCCAACCUCACAUGCAAACAGGAUUCACAGAAUGAUUAAGUUGGGAUUGGGUAUUGAUGAGGAUGAUACUACAGCCACUGAGACACCUAGUUCUGAAGGUGCAAGUGCUGAAGAGAUGCCACCACUGGAAGGAGAUGAGGAUGAUGCAUCACGUAUGGAGGAAGUGGAUUAAAUUGACUAUACUAUUUGAAGUUUUGGUUUACGUGACCAAUAAUUUAGCCUCUAGUUCAUUUUUUUUUUUCAUUCCAUCAUUGUAGCUUUUCAUCUGCCUAUUUAUAGAUAUUGCUGAAUCAAACUUGAUCCUUCGAAUAUUUGACUACUGCCAUGUCAUUUGUUGUGCAAUUUUUUAAGUUGAAUAAAAGGUUGAAUUUUG